CAGCCUCCUCUCUCUCUCUUUCCAGGAAGAGUCGUCAGGUGGGAGCAGCGUCGACGCCCAUGGCCGCCGCCGCCGCCGCCGGAACAGGGGGCCAGACCCUCGGCCGGAGCAGCUUCUCGCGCGCCGCCUCAUCGAAGACCGCCUCCUCCUCCUCCUCCCCCACCGCCUCCGGCGUCAAGCUCGGCCCCAACGGCGCCGCCUUCGUCUCCUCCGGCAUCCCCGACCUCGACAGGAUUCUGGGCGGCGGUUUUCUCCUCGGCUCCGUUGUGAUGGUCAUGGAGGACUCCGAUGCGCCGCACCACCUCCUCCUGCUCCGGGCCUUCAUGUCGCAGGGCGUCGUGCACAAGCAGCCCCUGCUCUUCGCUGCGCCCAUGAAGGAACCCCGCUCGUUCCUCGGCGCGCUGCCUGCUCCGGUGGCGUCCUCGAAGGAGGAUGCCCGGCAGAGGGCGAUGGCGGGCGGAGCAGCUGGCGAUGGACGGGCAAGUGAUGAGGGCUUGAGGAUAGCUUGGCAGUACAGGAAAUAUUUCGGGGACGAGAGGAAUUCCAGUGCUGAACACAGAGACAACAAGCAGGAAUUUAGCCAUGAUUUUGAUUUACGGAAGCCCCUGGAACGGCAUUUACUUAAUGCACAGCAUAUUGAAUGUUUGAGCACUCAAGAUCUAGAUACUCUCCAUGAUCUCCAGGAUCGUUGUUCUGCUUUCUUGUCCAAACAUCAAAGAAAAGAGGGUGGGAAUCUGAGUGCAGGACGUAUUGCUAUACAGUCACUCUGUGCACCACAGUGUGGAUAUUUUGGGAAGGACUGGGACAUGGUCUCGUUUCUCAGAUCACUGAAGGCCAUGGUGCGCUCAUCUAACGCCGUUGCCAUUAUAACAUUUCCACACACAGUCCUAUCAGAUUCUUUCUGCAAGAGAUGGCAGCACCUAGCAGACACGCUGCUGUCAAUAAAAGCAAUCCCAGAUGAGGACAAGGACUUGGCGAAACUCCUUACAGGGUAUCAAGAUAUGGUUGGUUUUCUACAUGUUCAUAAGGUGGCACAGACCAACAGCCAGGUUCCUGUGAUAUUAGAGGCGUCCACAUUUUCUCUGAAGCUGCGAAAGAGGAGGUCGCUGGUGCUAGAACGGCUGAAUCAGGCCCCGGUGGACGGGUCGAGUGGGCCUUCGUCUGGUGGAUCAGGCAGUUGCUCCUCCUCGACGCAAGGCUCGCAGCUCGAUUUCUAGUGGGACUCCUGGAGCUUCCCUUCGAGAAUAGAGGGAAGCAUCCACUGUUCUUUAGCUUAUUAGGAUACUGGAAACAGUAAGCAGCUGAGGAAGGCUCCUGGUUGCUAUGUGUAUUUGUUACUAAAAAUGCAACUUUUAGAGGCUUUGUUUUGGUUUUGCAAUGGAGGCAGCUUAGCCUAUCCAUUCCCAUCUCAUGUUUCAUUCAGUUUUUGGUGUAUACAACUUUCAGCAUAUAUACCUGUAUUCUGAAAGGUUUAGAUUGUACCAUGAUAUGCUGGUGAUAACAGGUUACCAGGAUUGUGUGUUUCUUAUGGCA